UUGUGUGUGUGUGUGAGUGUGUGUGUUUGUGUGUUUGUGUGUGUGUGUGUGUGUGUGUGUGAGUGUGUGUGCGCAUUUGUGGUUUAUGGAGACGUUUUGCAUGGAUACACGCCACACUGUGAGGACAUUUUGAAUUGUGAGGACAGGGACAGGGUCCUCAUAAUUCGGACAGCGUAGACGUGUUUCUAUAGGUGUAGAGACCCAGAAUCCAAAGUUUCAGCAAAUGUCUCCACAAUUCAGAUUCACGUGAAUUUGUGUAAAAUCUGUGUAUGACACAGCGGCCUCUGUAGGUGGGUCGAUGUAACUGCACCCACUAAUGAAUAAUUCACACGUGUAAAGUUCACAGCUUUUGAUUGGCUGACAGUCGCCUGUCCUCAUAAUUAUGGUUUUUGUCAAAACUGCUGUGUUACCCUAAACGAGGUGACCUCUCUUCAGCCAGCCACCAAAUCAUUUCCUGGUUAACAUUACGUUAUAUCCUGCUGAACCAGCACAUUUUCACCUGCACCUGUGGAGAAGAGUCAUCAUCAUCUUUAGCAUGAGAUGUCAGCAAUGAGGCCACAGAGAGUGAAGAUUAAACCUAAAGAAGAGGCAGCAUAUUUUUCAUCCUUGGGCAAGGACGAGGAUGGAUUCAAUAUAAAAUAUAUUAAUUCAUUUAAAGGUCGAGGAGUGUUCAGUUGCCGCCACUUUCAGAAGGGAGACUUUCUUAUUGAAUAUCGAUUGGAAAUCAAACAGGAACAUGAAAACAGGCUAAGACUGUACCACGAUGCCCUGAAGGUUUUCAUGUUUGAAUUUCUCUACAAUGGGAAAAAACUAUGUAUUGAUGCAGCCAGAGAGGACGACUCCCUAGGGAGACUCGUCAACGAUGAUCAUGUAAGCCCAAACAGCAGAAUGAGGAUCAUCACUGUGGAUAGAAAGCCUCAUCUCUGUUUAUUUGCAAUCAAGGACAUCAGGCCAGGGGAAGAGAUAACCUACAACUAUGGAGAUUCAGACUGGCCAUGGAGAUUAAAGGUUUCAACUGAAGCACGUCCUCACCAUGCAGCCUGGGCAUCUGACUGCACCAAAGAUGUUAAACAGGUCGUCAGUGAGGAUGUCAGUCAUUCUCUGCAGCGGGACUUCAUGCACCUCGCUAAAGGGAAAACUAGCAGGUCUCACUACUUCCUGUUGUGGCACUGAGCGUUGGUGCUGGUUCCUCGCCGUACUGGGCUGCAAAAACCUGACUGAGAGGAGAGAU